AUGGCAUACUUUAUUUCAUAAACUGAAAUUAAAUUAGAGAAAUUCCUUAUAAAUUAGAAAGUGCAAAAUUAAGAGUUUAUAUNUUCUCAAAUCGUUCUGUAGCUAAUAAACUUCUCAAUAGAUUCCAAGAAGCUAAAUAAGAUGCUCAAUAAGCUCUUAAAAUAGAUUAGUAGAAUUCAAGAGCUCAUUUCCUUUAUGGAACUGUGAUUUUGAUAGAAGUUCAAAUGUUUCCCGAUAUUAGCGAGGCUCUCAUAAUAUAAGCUUAAUUGGGAAUCAAAGAACUUGAAUGCGGUAAUUUUAAUUUUAUAUUUAUAGCUUUUGAAUAGGUUAAAUUAAAUAAAAAUGAAUAAAAAAAUAAAUUAAAAGUUUUGAUUAAUUAAAAUUUGUCUAAAGGAAAAAGAAUGAUAUAUUUGAUAAGAUAAGAAGUAGAUAAAAGAAGUACGCUUUUAUAAUCAUUCCUAAAUAGAUAUCCUAUCUCUAAAAUAAACUUUAAAGGAUAUUGCACAUAGAUAACAUCAUCAAUUAGAUUGGCAUCUUAUUGAAAAGAAUAUCCAUAAGAAAAUGGAAAUUAUAUUACCAGAAUACUUUUAAUGUCCUAUCACAAAUGAAAUAAUGGAUGAACCCACACUUCUCAAUUCAGGCUUAACAUAUGAUAAAUUUAGUAUCCACUAAUAAUUUAAAUAAAAUGGUUAUGUGGAUCCUAUUACUAGAGAAAAUAUAGAUCCUUUAGGAUUGAUUUAAAACAUCUAAUUAUAAUAAGGAAUCCAAGAAAUUCAAUCAAAAUAUGGAUGGGUAGGGGUUGAAAAUGAAAAAGACUAUAAGGCAAUUAAAUUUGAAUGA